CCCAACACUCAUUCCACCAUCAACAUUUCAAUAGCAAAGAAAGAAAACCAAAAUCAUGCUUUGCAAGCUCCCAUUAGCCCUUUGUUUUCUCUUGGGCACAGCACUGAUCUUUCCCUCUUACGCCCAAGACACACAACAAGAUUAUCUGAGUGCUCACAACCAGGCUCGGGCAGCUGUGAAUGUUGGACCCUUGACCUGGGAUGACAAGGUCGCAGCUUACGCACAGAACUAUGCAAGCCAACGUAUUAGCGACUGCAAUCUUGUGCACUCUGGUGGGCCUUACGGCGAGAACCUGGCAUGGAGCAGUGCUGACCUUUCAGGCACAGAUGCUGUAAAGAUGUGGGUUGAUGAAAAGGCCUAUUAUGAUUAUAAUUCUAAUUCUUGUGCUCAAGGCCAACAGUGUGGGCACUAUACUCAGGUGGUUUGGCGAGACUCAGCUCGUGUAGGCUGUGCUAAGGUGACUUGCAACAGCGGAGGAACCUUCAUUGGGUGCAACUAUGACCCUCCUGGUAACUUUAUUGGGCAGCGACCUUUCUAGAUGUGGUUGCUGAAGUUAUCUAAGAAUCGUAUUUGUCUGUCUUGCGUGAGAAUUAAAUAAUUAUGAUACGCAUUAGCAGAUAACGUUAUAAUGAUUGCCAUAUGUAUUAAGUAAGCCUUCAUGAAAGAGCUUUUGCCAUUGUUAUUGGCAUAUAUUCAAAAAGUGCUUAAAUAUAUAUAAGGUUUUUUUUUU